UGUUAACUACAACGCCAUUUUGUAAAUCUUGUUGGUUUAGCUUUAGAGGUUACUGUGAGUGUGUUUUUAUUUUGCAAUCGUAUGUAUUUGUAUCGGUGUUAACAUUUAUUACAAGCGGGAUAUUUUAUUAACAGAAAUUGGAUUUCGCUGUAAUUAUGGCAGAAUAAUCGGCUGUAUAUUGAGUAUGUCUGAUUCUAAAGAAUUGCCAGAGAAAUGUCUUUUGGGUCUUUCCAAACGGCAGUUAAAUCGCAUAAUACAUAAUGUAGCUAAAAAGAACUGCGCAUCACAUGUAGCUCAAGCCAUCGUAAACAACGAUGAGCAACGCAGUAUUCAACUAAUCGCAAAUAGCUGUAUUGAUCCUGAUGAGGAACGAAUUGAUGGAUACGAUUCCGAAGGCUCUUUUAUAUGUAUGCUGGAUGUCUCGAACAAUGAAGAUCAAGAAAAGUUUGGGAUUAAUGAUGACAAACUUGUAAAUGAUGAUGUCCUUCCAAUUGACAGCUUACCAUUAUCCGCUGAAGAUCAAUCUGAUUUAAAUACCGACACCGAAUUAUCUAAAGAAGUUAGAAGACAGAAAAAAAAGAAGAAAACGAGUUCUUCCAGCGAAGAAGAGUCCGAAGCCUCGGACGCUACUGAUGAGCGCAUAUUGGAAUAUCCACAACCACCAAAACGCUCCAGACAACUCCAGGCAGUAAAAGAUAAUAGUCAAGACAUAGUUUUGGAAAACCAAUCUAGCUCUGGUAUCCAAAAAUUGGACCAAAUUGAGGCACCAGUAUCUUCUUUGAGGGCGUUGCGGGAGUUACAAUCACAAACACCAACGACUUCGGUGUCACGAUGUUCUACACCCCAAUAUACUGUUAACGCUGAUGAAGAUUUUAAAUCUAAGUUAUUUAAGGAGUUUUCCUUUAUAAAGGUACAUUUAAUCAAAGUUAGCCAACGACUUUCGGCAUUGGAGGAAAAUCUCAAUAGUUCAUCCAAAACAGAAGCUGAUGACGAUCACAUAAAUAAUGAUUUUGAGGAGAUAAUCAAAAAUCAGUUCCCAUUACAAUUGGAAGCAGAUUUACAAAAUAUGGAAAGGCAAUUAACAGAGAAUCCUGAUUUAAAAAAAUUUAUGGUGAGAUUACUAGGCGAAUGAAUUAUAUACUUAAUACAUUA